AUGACAUUAGGUGCGGCAAUCGGUGCUUGCGAUAACGGACUCUGGCAAAGAGCAUUAGUGCUGCUGGGAACCGCUGCAGAGCUGCAGGUCCAACCUGAUGGCGUCAUGCACAGCUCGUGCAUCAGCAUGUGCGAAAAGGGAUCACAAUGGCAGCAUGGCUUGCUCUUGCUCUGUCAGGAACGAGCACAUGGAGCAAACAUCAGUUGUUACAAUGCUGCGAUGAGCGCCUGCAGCAGGUGCUCCCGAUGGCAAGUUGCCUUGGCAUUGUUUCUGGAGCUUCCUUCUGUCAGCCUUCGGCCCGAUGUUAUCAGCCACAAUGCGAUGAUCAGCUCUUGCUUUGAAAGUUGGCUACUCGCCAUGUACUUUCUGGAUUCCCUCGUGCACAGCAGGCUGCAGCCAACACCUGUUACCCUCAAUGCUGCCUUGUCCGCCUUGGGCAGUGAGCACUGGACGGCAGCUUUGGGGCUGCUGCAGCUCAGGGACAAGAACCUACUUCCAGACCUCAUCACCUAUCACACGCUCAUUACCUGCAGCAAAGCAGAGUGGCAAAGGGCUUGCGCUUGGCUGACUGAACUGAAUGUACAGUAUUUGCAGAAAGAUCUCAUCACUCGCAGCGCGGUCAUAACUGCUUGUACUAAUAGCAACGAGUGGAAGCUCGCUUUACAAUUUGGAGGCGAAGCGAGUUUUGGUGAUGCCCACACUUUUGCUGAUACGAUCGGUGCAUGCGAUUGCGGAAGACGGUGGCAGGCAGCACUCAGUUCACUCCAACUCUUGCAUGUUUUGGCGCUGAAAAGCGACCUGAUCACAAUCAAUGCAGCCAGGAGUGCUUGUGCUAGUCAGGGUUCCUGGCAGCGCGUUCUGCGUAGCUUGCAAGAGGUUUCCAUGGAACACAGUACCAUGGAAGAGCAUGCCUCUGCUUUGACUGCCUACGACACAGCAGUUAUUGCUUGUCCUGCUCGUCCUGACGAUGCCGGUUCAGAUGAGGAGGAUCCGGAGCUGUACGAGCAGCUGUCCAAGCAGCGCCGCCUUGUCAAACGUGCCGACACAGGCCAGGCCAAGAAAGGAGAAGCGGCCCUGACACAGGUUUCCGAGCGAAUCCAGGGAAUGGGCGGAGAAGAGGACGAAGAGGUGAAGGAGCACAAGGAAAAAGAACUUCUCGGCCUCAAGAAAGACACCGACAGCAAUGUGGCUCUGACUGCGACCACAGAGUUUUGCAACGUGGUUCAAACCCCGCUGGAGAAGAUUGAGACGCUGAAGCACGAGAGCUUCCGCGGAUCGACGUUGUACAAGCAGCAGGCAACUCAGCGCAAGGGCGUCGCAGCAGGUGAACGCAAAGCUCGAAAGGCAGGCCUGCCCGAAGAGGUCAUGGCCGCUACGAAAGACGCGGAAGAAGACUUGGAACAAACCCUCAUCGAGGAGUCUCUUGACCUCAGCUGUGCGAGCGGGCUCGAGUACUUGCGAGCGCGUUCACAAAUCGGCUGUGAUCAGGACUCCCACAGAAUCCGCAAGCUGGAUAACCGUCCACUGGAGAUGUCGACAGUGGAUGGAGACAUUAAGCUCGAGUACCGAGACGAUUUUGGCCGGGUUCAGACGCCCAAGGAAGCCUUCCGCUCGAUUUCAUGGAAGUUCCACGGCAAGGUUCCUGGCCGAAAAAACAUGGAACGGCGACUUCUUCGGCUGGAGAAUGAGAUGAGAUUGAAGAGCAUGAACGUCAUUGAAGCUCUACCUACGCUCAGGGCGCUGCGACACGCGCAGACAGCGGAAGCCAAACCGUACAUGGUCCUCAGCGGCGCUAACGAGAAGUGA